UGGGUGGCGGAGGAGGUGGGGCCAGGGCAGGGCGCAGAAAUAGGGACUCCCGGCGUCCGCGCGCAGCCCGCCGGCGGUGCAGUCCUCGGCCGGGCGCCAGGUCCGCGGCGGUGCGGUGCCGUGUGCCUCGGUAUCCUAGCCCGGGAGGGCCUCCGUGAGUCACCGCUUGAGUACUCGCAAUCGCCACCCAGCGGAAAUCAGACCCGGGGUGGAGCCGGUUCUCCGCCGCGCUCGCGUGUCUUCGCGCUUGCUCCAGAGGUGAGUGCCGGGAGACGGCGGCGUUGACUCCUGGGAGCCGGGCUCCGCGCUGCUGCUCCCGGAGUUGCCUUCGGACUACCUGGAGACAGGGACGGCCAUCGCACUCGGACCUCCUCCGUGGACCCCGUCGGGGUGCCCCGAGCCAUGGAUGGCGCGGAGCUGGCCGGGCAGAUCCUUUACACCUGGCUGACUCUGGUGCUCGGCCUCAUACUCCUGCCUUCGGCCUUUGGGGUGUCUUUGGGCAUCUCUGAGAUCUACAUGAAGAUCCUGGUGAAAACUUUAGAGUGGGCCACAUUACGAAUUCAAACAGGAGUUGCAAAGCAAUCAGACCUUAAAAACUCAGCUUCUGUCGGUAUUAUCCAAAGAGAUGAGUCACCCAUGGAAAAAGGGCUGUCUGGUCUGCGAGGAAGGGACUUUGAGCUGUCUGACGUGUUUUAUUUCUCCAAGAAGGGGUUGGAAGCCAUUGUGGAAGACGAAGUGACCCAGAGGUUCUCCUCAGAGGAGCUAGUGUCAUGGAACCUCCUCACAAGGACCAAUGUGAAUUUCCAGUACGUCAGUCCGCGGCUCACCACGGUGUGGGUGCUGGGCGUCAUCGUGCGCUACUGUGUUCUCCUGCCUCUGAGGCUUACCUUGGCUGUCAUUGGGAUCAGUUUGUUUGUUAUAGGAACCACCCUGGUUGGACAGCUGCCCAGAAACAGACUCAAAAACUUCCUGAGUGAAGUGGUCCACCUGACUUGCUGCCGCAUCUGUGUUCGUGCCCUCUCUGGAACCAUUCACUAUCAUAACAGGCAGUACAGGCCCCAGAAAGGAGGCAUUUGUGUUGCCAACCAUACGUCCCCAAUCGAUGUUUUGAUCUUGACAACCGAUGGGUGCUAUACUAUGGUGGGCCAGGUUCAUGGUGGAUUGAUGGGAAUUAUUCAGAGAUCCAUGGUCAAGGCUUGUCCACAUAUCUGGUUUGAACGUUCAGAAAUGAAGGACCGACACCUGGUUAUUAGGAGACUAAAAGAACAUAUUGCUCAUAAGAAUGAAUUACCCAUAUUAAUCUUUCCUGAAGGAACUUGUAUCAACAAUACUUCAGUCAUGAUGUUUAAAAAAGGAAGCUUUGAAAUUGGAGGAACCAUCCAUCCAGUUGCCAUUAAGUAUAAUCCUCAGUUUGGUGAUGCGUUUUGGAACAGUAGUAAAUACAACAUUGUGAGCUACCUGCUUCGAGUGAUGACCAGCUGGGCCAUCGUCUGUGACGUGUGGUACAUGCCCCCCAUGACCAGAGAGGAAGGAGAAGACGCAGUCCAGUUUGCUAACAGGGUUAAGUCUGCUAUUGCUGUACAAGGAGGAUUGACUGAACUUCCUUGGGAUGGAGGCCUGAAGAGAGCCAAGGUGAAGGACACCUUUAAGGAAGAGCAGCAGAAGAAUUACAGCAAAAUGAUUGUGGGCAAUGGAUCUCUCAAGUCGGAAUUGGACUGAAUGCCAUCCAGGCUUUCCAGAGCUAGUCCUUAGAGAUGGAACGGGGUGGAGUUUUUUGUUUUUUGUUUUUUGUUUUUUUGGCGAGGGGAGGAAGGGAGUGUGUUGUUUUGUUUUACUUUUUUUUUUUUUAAUUGUUAACCUUUUCUGCAGGAUGGUUGUCUCUACCUCCUCGUGCCAGAGGUGGAACCCAUGGUGCCCUUCUUGGCUUUUGUUGUUAUAGCAUUAGCCGCAUCAACUGUAAAGUAGUGUACUGAGUUUGAACUGAUUCUGCCUUUUGUGAAAUGACUGUGGCCUUGUGGAUUGAAUGAAGUAUUUGUACUGGAAAAAGUUCUUCUAUAAAACACUUUGGGAACUCAUUGAGAGGGCAGUUCUCAAGAAAAUACCCCAAACUUUGUUCAUGAUUCAUUUUCACACGCCCUUCCCUUCCUACUUUCCUUAAUUGCUUAAACAAGGAUUGCAUAUUAGAUUCGAAUGGCUGUCAUGGUUUUGUUCUACUACAAGGUUGAAAAGAAAAAUGGAAGAUAGUCUUUAAGAGAAAGGACAGCUUUGUGGCCCCUUGGUCUGAAAGUUGAAAGGAAAUUAAAUAUUUUUUACUCGUGUGUUAGAAGAGACAUCCUAUUUGGUGAGCUUUACCAAAGAAAAGUGAAUCCCCGUUACAGUGAGUGUGUAUUUAUAUGUAGGUGACUUUCAAAUAGACCUAUGUUAGCCAGCAACUGGCGAUAAAGCUUUUAGUUUUCCAUGUUUCUAUAGUAAAGAUCUCUACCUGAUGCAUCUUCCAUCUGCUGAUUUGUUUGAUCCAUGUCACCAAACACAUUUCAAAGAGGAAGAGCCUCUGACAACCACCACCAGUCGCAUUGAGUGUCUUCAGCAGAGGUGGGGGUGUUGUGAGUGAAGUGGGUGGCGCUGUUUCUCCCCCAUUACCCCUUUGUCCUUUAGUUCAGAACUUUCCCAUUUUCUUAAACAGGAAAAUAAGUGGUAAAAUUACCUUUUGGAAUCUGAGCCUUAAAUCUUUUAAAGGGGAAAAUCAGUGUUUCCCGACUGUGCCGCAUAAGCAACGUUGAUAGCAAUCUAGUGCCAUCAGAGUGUUAUUUCUCUUCUGGGAACCAUGUAUAAAAUGUGACACUGUCUUACGGUGAAUAUAAAUAAAUUCUAUAUUUCUAAA